AGCUAGGUGGGGAAAUUGAACCACUUAGGAGAUGGCAAGGAAACAGACUGAGCCCAUUGCCAUCAUCAGCCUUAGGAGGUUGAGCCUGGGGAGCCCAGAGCCACAGCCACAAGAGUCGAAGACGUUCACCGUGGAGGACGCAGUGGAGACCAUUGGAUUCGGACGUUUCCACAUCGCCCUGUUUCUCAUCAUGGGCAGCACUGGGGUUGUCGAGGCCAUGGAGAUCAUGUUAUUAGCUGUUGUGUCUCCCGUCAUCCGCUGUGAAUGGCAACUGGAGAAUUGGCAGGUGGCUUUAGUGACCACGAUGGUGUUUUUUGGCUACAUGGUUUCCAGCAUCCUCUUUGGCCUCCUGGCUGACAGAUACGGCCGCUGGAAGAUUUUGCUGAUCUCGUUCGUGUGGGGAUCCUAUUUCUCCCUGCUGACCUCCUUUGCUCCCUCGUACAUUUGGUUUGUCUUCCUGCGGACUAUGGUGGGCUGCGGCGUGUCUGGCCACGCACAAGGGCUAAUCAUAAAGACUGAAUUUUUGCCCACAAAAUAUCGAGGCUACAUGCUACCCUUGUCCCAGGUGUUCUGGCUUACUGGCUCCCUGCUCGUCAUCGGCCUGGCCUCUGUGGUUGUCCCCAGCAUCGGCUGGCGCUGGCUCAUCCGAGUGGCCUCCAUCCCGGGCAUCAUCCUCAUCAUGGCCUUCAAGUUUAUUCCUGAAUCUGCUCGGUUCAAUGUCUCUACUGGGAAUACCCAGGCUGCCCUGGCCACCCUGGAGAGCAUCGCCAAGAUGAACCGCUCGUUCAUGCCAGAGGGGAAGCUGGUGGAGCCCAUCCUGGAAAAAAGAGGAAGAUUUUCAGACCUACUGGAUGCUAAGUAUUUACGGACCACAUUACAGAUCUGGGUCAUAUGGCUGGGAAUCUCUUUCGCCUACUAUGGGAUUAUCCUGGCCAGUGCUGAACUGCUGGAGAGGGACCUGGUCUGUGGGUCCAAGUUGAAGUCAAAGUCGAAGGUGGUGGAGGGUGGGGGGCACUCGGAGGAGACUCAGAGCCCCUGCUACUGCCACAUGUUCGCCCCCUCCGACUACCAGACCAUGAUCAUCAGCACUGCUGGCGAAAUUGCUUUGAAUCCUUUGAAUAUGCUGGGCAUUAAUUUCCUGGGCAGACGGCUGACCCUGUCCAUCACCAUGGGAUGCACAGCUUUGUUCUUCCUUCUCCUCAAUAUUUGCACUUCAAGCGCCGGCCUGACUGGCUUCCUCUUCACACUGAGGGCUCUGGUGGCAGCAAACUUCAACACCAUCUACAUUUACACAGCCGAGGUCUACCCCACCACCACGCGGGCCCUGGGGAUGGGUACCAGCGGCUCCCUGUGUCGCAUUGGUGCGAUGGUGGCGCCAUUUAUAUCCCAGGUUCUCAUGAGUGCCUCAUUCCUGGGAGCCCUGUGUCUCUUUUCAUCCGUCUGUGCCAUAUGUGCCAUUUCUGCAUUUACUCUCCCCAUUGAGACCAAAGGACGGGCCCUACAGCAAAUUAAAUGAAGACCAGCAAAGCUGUGUUUACCAGAUGAGAAAAAUGCAUUUUAUCUUCAGAACUGUGGCACAUUAAAAAAAGUUAGUUUUAUUUCAGUAUGCUACUUGGUAAUUAAUAAACUCAUUAUGUAUUUUAAAAAAAGGCACACUGGGAAUGAGGUAACUUUAUGUCUCUUCCUUGAGAGACAAUAUAUAAAGAACUACUUUAAAAAAAAGAUGUGAGUGGGAGACGGUGAGGGAAGAUGGUUUUUCUUAUUUUAACCCUUACAUGAAUAUAUACUAAAUCUUAGACAAAACAUGAUAUUCUUCCAUGAUGUUUGUAGCUAGAGUUCAAAUGAAAUUCUACAGCUAAGCCCAAGAACUUGGAAUGUUAUCAUUAAAACUUUCAAAACACUGUGAAUAGUCAUCAAUUUCAAAUUUAAAUUACGGCCUCUAUUAAUAAAAACUGCUUAUUCAUAAAAAUGCUUAAAGUGAGUUUUGCGUAUAAUCACAUACAUUGCCUAUUUUUACUCUUAAUUAUUUCAUGGGGACAAUCUUUGAUUCCCAUGAUGUGAUAGGAAUUAAAGAAUAUAGCAAGCUUUCCUACAUCAUGUAACUAUGGGCUUAUAUUACUGUGCUUUGCAGAUAUAGGAUUUUUUUCUUAGAGGUUUGGGCUCAGCGCCUGUAGCAUAGUGGUUAUGGCUCCAGCCACAUGCACCGAGGCUGGUGGGUUCAAGCCCAGCCCGGGCCAGCUAAACAACAAUUGACAACUGCAACAAAAAAAAAAGCCAGGCAUUGUGGCAGGCGCCUGUACUCCCAGCUACUUGGGAGACUGAGGCAAGAGAUUGGCUUGAGCCCAAGAGUUUGAGGUUGCUAUGAGCUGGGAUGCCACAGCACUCUACCCAGGGUGACAUAGUUAGACUCUAACAAAAAAAGGUUUGUGGAAACCCUGUGUUGAUUAAGUUCACCAAAACCAUUUUUCCAACAGCAUACGCUCACUUCCUUGUCUGUCACAUUUUGGUCAAUCAAACUUUUUCAUUAUGUAUGUUUCAAUGAUCUGUGAUCUCUGAUGUUACUACUGUACCUGUUUGGGGAUACCACAAAAUGCACCCAUAAAAGCAAACUGUAUACAUGUUGUAUAUUCUGACUGCUCCACCAACCUGCCAACACAACAAUAUUAAAGUUAGGCUAUAUAAAUAACCAUACAAUGGCCUCUAAGUGUUCACCACUCAUAUCUCUCUCCCUUUAAAUCAAAAGCUAGAAACAAUUAAGCUUAGUGAGGAAGGUACACAGAAAGCUGAGAUAGGCAGAAAGCA